AUGCAACAUUCCAAAAUUUUCCGGGAAGCUGAUGACGAGGUCAGCGCUGGUAAUGUAUCAGACAGUGUACAAGAGAACUUUAACUGGGACGACGUCACUGAAACAUCCGUUCAGUGUUGCUUUAAAACGACUAUGGUUCCCAUAGCAUUAUUCACCUACAUACAUGCUUGUUUCCAGCAUAAUGUCAGUGAAUCUGGUGACAGCUGUUUCGACGUGAAUGCUUGA